UUUAUUUAUUUUAUUUUCUAGUCACGUGACUUUACCGAAAGACCCCAACAUUAGGGGAUUGAUGAUGGUGAGCGUGGUGAUGAUGGAGGAAGAUUCCUCCUCAUCGUGAUAAUCUUGCUGCAAAUAUCAUCCACGACCUCACCGCACGAAUAAUCGAUUAUCACACUGCACGAUUAAUCGAUUAUCUCACCGCACGAAUAAUCGAUUAUCUCACCGUGUGAAUAAUCGAUUAUCUCACCGCACGAAUAAUCGAUUAUCUCCCCGCACGAAUAAUCGAUUAUCUCACCGCACGAAUGAUCGAUUAUCUCACCGCACGAAUAAUCGAUUAUCUCACCGCACGAAUGAUCGAUUAUCUCACCGCGUGAAUAAUCGAUUAUCUCACCGCACGAAUAAUCGAUUAUCUCACCGCGUGAAUAAUCGAUUAUCGCACCGCAUGAAUAAUCGAUUAUCUCACCGCAUGCAUAAUCGAUUAUCUCACCGCAUGAACAAUCGAUUAUCUCACCGCAUGAAUAAUCGAUGACGCUUCUAAUGACUGCAGCUUAAACAACAACAACGGAAUCGAUUCCCCUCUAGAACCGUCAACUUCGCCAUCACCGGAAUCGAUUCCGCGCCCGCUAUUAUUAAAACUCAGUCCACGAAGAAUCGGAAUCGAGUGCAGUCAGAGGGUUGUAACGAUCAUGGAGGUGAUUGAGGUGAUUCCUCCUCCUCGUCCUCCUCGUGAUAAUCUUGCCGCAAACAUCAUCCACGACCUCACCGCAUCCGCAAUCGAUUACCGCAACACCGGAAUCGAUUCCGCUCUGAAACAUUCGGAAUCGAAUCCGCGCGCUGAAUUAUAAUCUGAAUCGUAACGGAAUCGGAAUCGUGUAGUUGUUGUGGUGGUGAUGAUGGCCGCUGAUGGUGCCUCAUCCACCUCCUCCUCCACCUCCUCAUCAUCCUCCUCCUCCUGGUACCCCUCGAGCCUCCUCCUCCUCGUCGUCCUCCUCCUCCUCGUCGUCGUCUUCGUCGUCCUCGCAGCCGCCACGGGCAGCGGCCGCCGUCUCCGCACGCUGCUAGCGCGCGGCCUCGCCGCCGCGUUCGGCGAGCGACGCGGCGACGAGGUGGGGGUAGGCGAUGAGGAGGAGGAGGAGGAGGGGGAGGUGGGGGUGGGGGGCCGUGAGGAGGUGGGGGGCCCCAUGAAGAGGAGAGACUUCACGCUGCAGCAGCUGAACCUCUUCGACGGGGAGCGCGAGGCGCGGAUCUUGGUGGCGGUGAACGGCAAAGUCUUCGACGUCUCGUGCGGGCGGAGAUUCUACGGCAAAGGUGAUGGCCCCUAUGGAGCGUUUGCCGGCCGCGAUGCCUCCCGUGGCCUGGCGUCCUUCCGGCUGGACACGGACGCCCUGCGGGACACCUAUGACGACCUCUCAGACCUCACCGCUGUGCAGACGGAGAGCGUGCGGGAGUGGGAGAUGCAGUUCAUGGAGAAGUAUCGCUACGUUGGGCGCCUGCUCCGCCCGGGCGAGGAGCCGGCGGACUACACGGACGAGGAGGACCUCCGGGACACCUCCAGGGACAACUGACGGCAGCGCUCGGCACGGAGGGGCGGCAGCAGCGGCAGCAGCAGCUGCCUACGACGGCGAUGCGAUUGGUCGAUCCGUGGGAGGGGAGGUGGCUCUGGGUGGGCUGGGGGCGGGGUGGUCACGGUGGGGAGGGCGGUUAGGGUCAGGAAGCUGGACUGCACUGGACCCGGACUGGACUCGACCGGAUCAGACCGGACCGGACCGGAUCAGACGGGACUAGACCGGACUGGACCAGAUCAGACGGGACUAGACCAGACUGGACCGGACUAGACCGGACCAGAUUAGACUAGACUGGACCGGAAUGGACCAGACUGGACCAGAUCAGACUGGACUAGACCGGAUAAGACCUGACCGGACUAGACCCGACUAGACCUGACUGGACUAGACCCGACUGGACCGGAUCAGACUGGACUAGAGGGAGUGCCGAGCACCCGGUUUGCUUGGGCGAGUCCAAAGAUGCGAUUGAUCGAAGUGAACGCGCUGCGACGCGAUUGGAUGAUGAAUUUAGCGAGCGAGCCUCGCGAUUGGACAUUCGUUUAAGUGAGCGAGCGCCGCGAUUGGUUGUUGUCGGUGCGCAGGCGCCGCGAUUGGCCGAAUCUUGACGGGGCGCCGCGAUUGGCCGAAUCUUGACGGGGCGCCGCGAUUGGCCGAAUCUCGCCGGGCUGCGAAUAGCGAUGAUGCGUCUACUCGGCACUGCGAUUGGCCAAAUCGUGAACGAUCGCU